CAGAGCAUUAUCGCACAUUCGCAGGUUAGCACCAAACAUGGCAAACACGCUAGUUGAUAAGCUGAAGAAGUGGUGUCGUGGAGAAGCUCUGGAUGAGAACCACGCCCUGCUUACAGUCGUCCCUGAAAAUACAGAGGUAGCCCUUAUUGAAGAAACUUUGCAGAGUAUCAAGUGUCUGGAACGUCUCCAUGUUAGAGGACGUAUGCUGAGCGACACCGAUGAUAAAGUUCUUGUGCUGUGUGAAUGCCGAGGGAAAGUAGCAGGUGAGAACGUUCCACCGGAAGCGUUGGCAUCUGAAGGCUCAACCAGAUGGCCAAUAAUCACAGCUUUUAACUCACCCCCUCCAGAAGACGACUUCCAUGUGAAACUGAAAGCUCUUCUAUGGGCAGAAGGAAAAUCACUUGAUGAUGUGCAGGCAUUGUUUACCGAGUCGCAACCACCUACUUCCUCUUCUGCAGAGUCACUCAUUCGAGCUGUCACAGAUCUACUGGACAAGACAAGCAAACCUGCUGCAGAGGGUGGAGGCUAUCGUCGCCUGCGCAUCUUUUCUGGUAUUGUGCCUACUCCAGCUGGAGAGGAACAGUUCGACCACUGGCUAGAACAAGCGUACCUGAUGGUUGAAGAAAGUGACGGAUCUGACAAAGACAAAAGGAGAAGGAUUAUGGAAAGUUUGAAAGGUCCAGCCUUAGAACUGAUCAAAGCAAUACGCCUUUCUGAUGCCGACAUAACUGCAGACAAGUGCCUAGGAGCCCUUGAAAGUGCUUUCGGUGUAUCAGAGUCUGGUGAUGACCUGUAUUUCUCCUUUAGAUUGUUACAGCAGUCACCUGGCGAAAAGUUAUCAGACUUCUUGAGAAGACUCGAGCGUUCCCUGGCCAGAGUGGUACAGUGUGGUGGCCUGUCAGCCAGAGACAUGGACAGAAACAGAGUGGAACAGUUACUCAAAGGCGCAGUAAAUGCUGACUUAAUGCUGCUGCAGCUCAGACUAAGAGAAAGAAAAGCCAACCCUCCAACUUUUCUAGAGCUACUAAAAGAAAUCCGGAAAGAAGAAGAGUACGAGGCUUCCAAAGUAAGGCUCAGCCAGUCAGUCCACGCUGUCCAUGCCAAAGUUCAAGCAGAAAGCAAACACUCAGAAAUCCAAAAUCUGAGAGCUGAAAUAAAAGAAGUCAAGUCUAUGUUUGCAGCUCUUGCAACUCCAACUCAACCUGAAGUGGGAACUUCGGAAAAGUACCCAACCUGGUCUGAAACAGCUGCAAUUGGUGAUCCUGAAGUACAGGCGUUGAAAAAACAAGUCAAACACCUACAACAAAAGGUGAACGCAAAGACAAACAAAUGUCAAAGUCCCAGUCAAACUACAGUGAUGGCAGUAAACGCCCCUGCGAGAUCUUCAAGUGGAACUGAAGACCGUUUCUGUUACCGCUGUGGUGAAAAUGGUCACUUGGCUGGAAAAUGCAAUAGACCAGAAAACCAGACCAAAGUUAUCCAAAGACUUCUUCAAGCACUCAAGAGAGCCAAGACCAACAGUCCCCAGCCCAAUGCUGAAAAGUCAUCACAAGACCCUGCUUGCACAGUGAGGAAAAGUGCUGUUGACGUCACGCUGUUAGCAGGCAUACCUGAAGGCUUAAUUGGCCCGUCUUUAAUCGAGCCAAUAAAUGUGAAUGGACACCUAUGUGAUGCACUAUUAGACAGUGGUUCUCGACCAAACUUGACAUUUGGGGUCUCAGUGACUCAAGCUACCCCUAUCUUGGCUAUGUAG